CAUUGGACAUGCAUCCGUUAAUUUUCCAUUCCUUGCUGGCAGAAGGGAUAAGGAGGGGAAGAAAAAAGAAAGAGAGAAGAAGAUUGAAGUACAGAGAAUACAAAGAGGAAGAAGAGCGAGCGAGCCUGGGGUGUUAUGCAACUUUUCCCUGGCUCCGUUGCUGAAUCGUUUUCGUCAAACUUUCCAAGGCCUCUUUUUGUACGCCAAACAGCUCUCCGCAUAAUAACUGCAGCAUCUGGGGGCCACAAUAAAAAGAGUGCAGAUAUUGUUUCAACGUUUUCCACGUACUCAUCCGAUUUUUCAGCGUUUUGCCUCUUUCGACAAGCAGAAGCCUUUCAGUUGUUUUGGUGAUUGUGGUCGUGAAUCACCAUGGUUGUUUAGGUGCGUUUACACAAGAGGGAGGAAUGUUUGUGGGGAAUAAGGUAGAGUUGUGAGGUGGUCAGUGGUAGUCUAUAAAGGCUGUCAAGCCUUCAUAGCGGACUCUUGUCAUGUCCACUAACAGGGACAGAUUUCCAAUUUCCCAGAGUGCAACACUGCACCUGUCCCUGGUCUGCCACACCACCACCCCAGGAUCUGACAUUUCUCAUUCUUGUCCAAGACAUCUUCGACUUACGAGACUGCCUACUGUUUGAACACCACACUACCUAUCGGCCCUCCAUCUCCUCCACGCAUAAGGAGCGUCGACCUCAGAGGCCAUGUCUUCUCUCCGUGUGCCCUUGCUCCUGGCCGUACUGCUGAGCGUGGCCUUGUGCCAGUACGACGAUUACGACUACCGGCCCGUCAACAUGCUGGGGCCGUCCGGACCAAACUGCCACGUCGAGUGCGACUGCCCCAUCGGCUUCCCCACAGCCAUGUACUGUGAUAGCCGCAAGCUAAAGAGCUUCCCCGUGGUUCCCACGGGCAUCAAGUACCUGUACCUGCAGAACAACCAGAUCGACGAGAUCAAGGCGGGCGUGUUGGACAACGUGACCGCCGAGCUCCGCUGGCUGAUCAUGGACAACAACCUGCUCACCAACAGCAAGGUGGCCAAGGGCACCAUCGACAAGCUGAGUGCCCUGGAGAAGCUGUUCCUCAGCGACAACCAGUUGACGGAGCCCAUCAUCCCCUCCUCCAAGGCGCUGGAGGAGCUCAAGAUCAUGAACAACAAGCUCACCAAGUUCCCCUCCGGCCAGCUCAACAACAAGGAGAACCUGACCUCGGUGAACCUGCAGCACAACGAGCUGACCUCCGAGGCCGUGUCGGGCGCCUUCAAGGGCGCCAAGAGGCUGCUGUCGCUGGACGUGAGCCACAACAAGCUGAAGAAGCUACCCACAGGCAUCCCCAACUCGCUGGAGAUCCUGUACGCCGACUACAACGACAUCGACAGCGUGGCCGGCGGCUACCUCAACAAGCUGCCGGCGCUGAAGUACCUGAGGAUCUCCCACAACAAGCUGGUGGACUCGGGGAUCCCCGCCGGGGUGUUCAACGUCUCCACCCUGGUCGAGCUGGAUCUGUCCUUCAACAAGCUGCAGUCCAUCCCCGAGAUCAAUGAGCAGCUGCAGCAGCUGUACCUCCAGGCCAACGAGAUCAGCAAGUUCGACCUCAUGAGCUUCUGCAAGUACGUGGGGCCUGUCACCUACUCCCACCUGAAGCACCUGCGUCUGGACGGCAACAACCUCACACAGGCCAGCAUGCCGAUGGAGACGGUCAACUGCCUGCGCGAGGCCUCAGAAAUCAUGUUCAACGAAAACAGCUAAAGACCUCGAGAUCGGUCCAUGCCCGCCAUUAAAAUGAAACGUCAAAAGAGCUCAGACAACAGGGCCCCUGGGGGGGGGGGGGGGGGGGGGGGGUUUGAGAGCAUUUGCUUCCAAUGGUUUCCAAUGGUUUCAUUAAUAGAGGUUGUGUAAGGAACUGAACUUUAAACUGAUAAUAAUGAGGUCAACCCUUAUAUUCAGCUUCCUAAGGAAUCGCUAUGCCUAAAAGUGAUAACCGUCAAAAAAUAUACACAAUUCAAGUUUAAAAACAUUUUUUUAAAGAAUUAGAUGAAUAGGUUACUUCAAGACAUUCCACCAAAAAGAAAACACACUUCAAACAUUCCAAAUGUGCACAUUUUGUCUUAAGUAUACCUAGAUGUAUACAGAUAGAAUGGAUUAUGCAGUGGCUGAAAUAAGCAGUCUGUAUUUAUCGUUUUAUCAUACAAUGUGUUGUCUGUCUUGUGUGUUCCCAUGUUUAGCAUAAUGCUUUUAAUGUAGCAACCCUAGAUACCUUGUUGUGUAAAAUACCUGCAGGUAGGGAGUGAUGUAGUCUGUGAUGCACUACAGAUAAGGCUUAUAAUGGCAAGUAGGAGAAAUAUAGUGACUGGCAUUUUAUAAAAAUCCUUUUUUUUAUAUCAUGUAUCCAAAUGUCAAUUUUUUUUGCUGCCUAAAAACUCAGUGUCUGCAACUGAUGGUGUUCAGGCUUUAUGAAACAGAUAUUUUAAUCUUUCCUAGCUUUGAAUUUAGUGAUAUUUGCAAGUUCAAUAGUUAAGUAAGUUUGAUUAAAAUCACAAGUUAAUCUUUUUUGUUUUAUUGGUGACACCCUCUUGCAAUUCAUAACAGUGAGGACUAUAAAUGGAAAGUACUUGUGAAUAUCCUAUCUACAAUAACAUUAAAUAAUCAAUAACUUCAUUAUUUAAAACUAUUAUCCGCAGCAAAAAAACACUGAUAUUUAGAAUAAAAAAUUUUAACGACUUAAAUAUAAGCUCCAUGUGAAACACUUCAGACAAUAAGGGUGUUCAGGAUAAUUUGGAGCAAAUAUUCACACAUAAUCACAUAAUAUCUGAACCAUAUUAUGCCUUUUGCUCAUUUGUAUUAGUUUGCAUUAUUUGCAUGCAUUCCACCUUUAUGAUAAUAAACUCCCGCUUUUGCAGUUAAAAUGCUUGCAUUGUUACCUUGUUUGUGUGACAUGUUGGAUGCCUGAUAGUCCUGAGCAAUGUAUCUACAAUUGGAUGAUAUUGCCAUAUACUGAAACCGACAUGACAUAUCAAUAUUAUUAGCUAAUUAACAUAAUUUCACUGUUUGGUAUUUUUAUUUUAUUUUUUUACAGUUCAUACAUUUUUGUUUGGUUUGGCUCAGUACCUGCUGGUGAAUUUACUAUGAGUAUAAAUGAUGCAGUGAAAUAAACUGAAUACAAUUUCCAACAUACAUUGAAUGGGAUC